AUGGCCGCCCCACAGCUGACCGAGAGCACCCUCACGGUGGAAGGCCAAACCCUCUUCUACCGCCGAGCCGAGCCGGCCCAGCAGGCACCAAAGCUGACGGUGCUGCUGCUGCACGGCAUUCGCUUCUCCUCUGACACCUGGCUUCAGCUGCGGACGCUUGCUACGCUGGCCGAAAACGGCUACCGAGCUGUGGCUAUCGACCUGCCGGGGCUGGGGCGCUCAAAGGAUGCCGUGGCCCCAGCGCCCGUGGGCCAGCCAGCACCAGGGGCUUUCCUGAAAGCAGUUUUGGAGGCUCUGUGCCUGGGUCCAGCCGUGGUGAUCAGCCCAUCGCUCAGCGGCAUGUACUCCCUGCCGUUCCUCUUCCAGCACAACCACCUGCUCAAGGCAUAUGUGCCCGUGGCACCCAUCUGCACCGAGAAAUUCACGGCAGAGCAGUACGCACAGAUCAAAACGCCCACGCUGAUCGUGUACGGGGACCAGGACGUGGAGCUGGGACAGGCCAGCCUGAACAACCUGAAGCACCUCCCCGAGCACCGGGUGCUGGUGCUGCAGGGUGCCGGACACGCGUGCUACCUGGACAAGCCCAACGAGUGGCACCACGGGCUCCUGGCCUUCCUGCAGCAGCUGGAGUGA